AUUUUUGCACAUUCUAAUAUUCAAGCUUUGUUUAGGGAGUUUUUAGUGAACAGGGUAAAAGAUUGAGGAGUUUUUUUUUGUUUCGUGGCUCAAGUCAGACAAAGUUGAAGCGGCCCAGCUUUGGCCCCACACUGUUUAUGUGUGUGUCUAUCUACACGUUUGUGUAUCUGUGUGCAUGAAUGCAUGCCUGUGUGUGUGUGUCACAGAGGCUCCACAGCACCUGACCCACCCACCAGCAGCAUUUGUCCUGAGAAGCCGGGAGCAGACGGGGAGAAGCCACCACCGAAGCCGACCAGGGACAAAAGGAUAGCGGCGGGGAAGGAAGGAGAACACGGUUGCAGCCGAGCAGGAGGAAACGCCACAGCAGCCGGCAGCAGGAGUUGUUAGCAGGAGGAGUGUUGACGUCCAACCGAAGAUGACUACGUACACGGCGACUCUGAACGGCCCCGCGCCGUGGGGCUUCAGACUACAGGGUGGAAAGGACUUCAACAUGCCACUCAUCGUCUCCAGGAUAACUCCGGGCAGCAAGGCAGUGGGCGGCAGCUUGUCCCAGGGCGACAUCAUCUCAGCCAUCGAUGGGGUCAGCACUGAGGGGAUGACGCACAUGGAUGCCCAAAACAAGAUCAAGUCUGGCUCCACCAAGCUGUCACUCACCAUGCAAAAAUCAAAACGUGCUGCAGCAUUUUCCACAGCAACUCCAAGAAUGGACUCACCCAUGUCAGUCAUCCCCCACCAGAAGGAGUUCGAACAAGCGAAAGAGGAGCUUGGGCCUAAACAUUUUGGAGAGGAAGUUCAAAUGGUGGAGGCAAUGUCUUGUGACAUUUUCCAGGAAAACAAGGCCUCUGAAAGGAACCUCUUCCAAGUCCCUAAAAAAGAUCCAGCGCUCUUCUCGACCCCGAUCAAAGCUCCUGCCUCCUGCACACCGCCUGCAGUAUCUUCACCAGGCCAGUGGAUGCAGUACAAUUCCCCAAAGGGCCUUUACUCCGCUGAAACUAUCAGAGAAAUGAUGCUGAUGCAGGGCAAGUCAGGACAGGGGUCAGCAGCUUCCCCGGGAGUUCCAUCACUGGGUGUGGAGUACACUCCCAGCUUCAACCCCAUUGCCCUGAAAGACUCGGCCCUGUCCACUCACAAACCCAUUGAGGUGAGGGGUCCCGGUGGGAAGGCCACCAUUGUUCACGCUCAGUACAACACACCGAUCAGCAUGUACUCACAGGACGCCAUCAUGGACGCCAUUGCUGGGCAGUCGCAGGUCAAAGGACACGAAGGUGAGGCGGGCUCCCCCUUGUCUGGAUCUCUGCCCAUGAGGGACCCCGUGAUAGACUGCGCGUCCCCGGUUUACCAGAUGGUGAUCCGGUCAGAAGAGAACCAGGAGAUGUCUGACUGGGUCCGUCGUUCUGCCACCCUGCAGUCCAAGAGCUUCAGGAUGCUGGCCCACAUCACUGGCACUGAAUACAUGCAAGACCCAGAUGAGGAAGCUCUGCAGAGGUCGAGAGAUAAGUUUGAGUCGGAGGUGAAAGGGCCCCGCUUUGCCAAGCUGAAGAACUGGCACCAAGGACUGUCUUCACAGAUCCUCAACGUCCAGCAAUAAAGAGGAGGAGGAGCGAGGAAGAGGAGGAGGAGGAGGACAUGGACAAAAGCACAGAAGUUAACAAGAAGAGGGGAUACAUUAUGUAGGGAUUAAGAAGGAACAGAAGGAGGAGGAAACUCCCCAGGAAUGUGAGAUAGUGGUGUAGUCUAGAUUAGUACUUGAAAUACUAAAUGUUAGUGUGAGAAUGCUAUGUGUUCAUAAGCUCGAUAUUACCUGUCAAAUGUAUGUGUCCGCUGCUAAGACCUGAUCCCGCAUUUGGGAUUUUCUUUGUUUCUUUGUUUCCUAUUUUUGUGGGUUUCUGUCUCUCUUAAAUGAAAGGCAAAUUGUAAAAAAAAAAAUCUCAAGUGAAAAUGCAGAACUGAUGUUUCUUUUAGGACAUAAACCGCGUUGACAAACGUACGGGUUCUAACACUAAGCAUGCUUGUGAGAAGGCACGCAAGGACAAAUGCACACUUGGAGAUUAAUGUAAGUGCACAAAUAUAGUAUUGUAAAAAAAGAAAUGCACUCACAAAUGUACUUAUAUCAAUGUGAAUAAAUGUUUUCUUAAAACCA